AUGGGGAAUUCAACGAGGCAGUUGAAAGCUAUGCUUCGUAAGAAUUGGCUUCUCAAAAUUCGCCAUCCUUUUACUACUGCUGCUGAGGUUUUGCUUCCUACAAUUGUAAUGUUACUGCUAAUAGUGGUUCGGACGAGAGUUGAUUUGCAAAUUCACCCUGCGCAGGCGUAUAUAAGGGAAAACAUGCUUGUAGAAGUAGGAAAGGGUAUGUCCCCGAAUUUUCAAGAAGUUUUGGAACUAUUGCGGGUGAAGGGAGAGUUUUUGGCUUUUGCACCAGAUACAGAACAAACAAAGAUGAUGAUUAACUUCAUGGCAAUCAAGUUUCCUCUGCUGCGGCAAGUUUCUCAGAUCUACAAAGAUGAACUCGAGUUGGAAGCAUAUUUAACAUCAGAUACUUAUGCCACCUGCAGUCAAGUCAAGAAUUGCUCAAAUCCAAAAAUCAAAGGAGCAGUAGUAUUUCAUAAUCAAGGUCCUCAGCUAUUUGAUUACAGCAUACGUCUUAACCACACAUGGGCUUUCUCCGGGUUUCCUGAUGUUAGAACCAUAAUGGAUGUGAAUGGCCCUUAUCUCGAUGACUUGGAAUUGGGUGUUAAUAUAGUACCAACAUUGCAAUACAGCUCCAGCGCCUUUUUCACUAAUGGCUAUCAGAGUGCAUCUGGUGUAAUAAUUAGACGCUGGAGCAGGCGGAUAGCUUGUGGUUUGAAGGAAAAACCUGAAGCAAUUGAGCUUCAGCAGGUAGUGGAUUCUUUCAUAAUAUUUGCCUCCCAGGAAACUGAAACUGAGUCCUCAAAUGAAUAUAUAGAACUUCCACCAUCCAAUUCAUUCAACACCUCUUCCUCGCUCAAGUUGCCAUGGACAAAAUUUAGUCCUUCAAAAAUUAGAAUUGCUCCCUUUCCAACACGUGAAUAUACUGAUGAUCAAUUCCAGCUCAUUAUCAAGAAUGUCAUGGGAGUACUGUAUCUUUUGGGAUUUCUCUACCCAAUCUCUUGCCUUAUCAGCUAUUCUGUAUUUGAGAAGGAACAAAAGAUAAGAGAAGGUCUCUAUAUGAUGGGCUUGAAAGAUGGGAUAUUCCAUCUUUCGUGGUUUAUUGCAUAUGCCUUGCAGGUCCUUGCCUCUUUGCUAUCACCUACGGCCUUUGCUUUAGGAUCAGUUAACUUUGCCGAUUAUGAGCGUGCUCAUGUGGGACUUCGCUGGAGCAACAUAUGGCGGCUUUCCAAUGAAGGGGCAAGUCUUUUAGGAAACAACACCCUUGAACCUGCUGUUGAAGCGAUAAGCUUAGAUAUGAAGCAACAAGAACUUGAGAAAAGGACAUCCUCAAACUCUUACCUGACUAGAUUGUCAAGAGACUCUGUCAUUCUUGCAAGUCAUAAAGCUUUGAGGCUCCUUCUAGGACACAACGGAGCUGGAAAAAGCACAACAAUAUCAAUGCUUGUUGGUCUUCUUCCUCCUACUUCUGGGGAUGCUUUAGUAUUUGGAAAGAAUAUCACAACAGACAUGGAUGAGAUACGGAAUGGACUGGGUGUGUGCCCUCAAAAUGAUAUCCUUUUUCCGGAAUUGACUGUGAGAGAGCAUUUAGAAAUUUUUGCUGCAUUGAAAGGCGUGAAGGAAGAUAUUUUGGAGAGUGUCGUAACUGAUAUGGUCAAUGAAGUGGGUCUGGCUGAUAAGGUCAAUACCCUUGUGAGCGCUCUUUCUGGUGGCAUGAAGAGGAAAUUGUCUCUGGGAAUUGCACUGAUAGGAAAUAGCAAGGAACCAAUUCUCAUCAGUCUGCCACAGGUUGUAAUUCUUGACGAACCUACAAGUGGAAUGGAUCCAUACUCAAUGCGCUUGACAUGGCAGUUAAUAAAAAGAAUAAAGAAGGGCAGGAUCAUUUUACUAACAACACACUCGAUGGAUGAAGCUGAUGAACUAGGAGAUCGGAUAGCAAUCAUGGCUAAUGGUUCCCUGAAAUGCUGUGGAAGGAGCAUUCUGGUGAAUUCAUGGAAACCAAAGAAAUGGAAUGAAGGGAGUGGGCAUAACUUUUGCGAUGGAGUGGAGGAAUAUUUUUUUCGAGUCUUCUACUUUUGGGAUGGAGUAAGAGACAAAAGACAAUAG